CAAGAAGUACGCAAACCGUCGAGCGCGAUAAAACUGAAAAACGGGAAAACGGGAAAACAUUUGGCAAAAGCGACGCUUGACAAACCGCAACCAAUGCAUACCAAGUAAAUCUGUAGCAGAGCAGUCGCGCCGCGCAGCCCACGCCCACCCAGCCAGCGACACACCACACCGCGAGACGAACAACGAGACAGGGAGCUCCACUCACACCACAGCACACUCACGCCCACAGAGACAGGGCGAUGUCACACCUACCUGUGCCACUGUACGGCUUCGCAGCGUUUUUCAUGAUUUUCUGGUUUGGCACCUGGAUGGUCCAUCUGAUAGCCAUUUGCUACGGGAAGUACAAGCUGCACAAGAAGUCGUGCAAGCUGCCGCCAGAGUCGUCGCCACUGCCGGGUGUCUCCAUCCUUAAACCGCUGAUGGGCGUGGAUCCGAACUUGCAGCACAACCUGGAGACCUUCUUCACGAUGGACUAUCCUUUGUACGAGCUGCUUUUCUGUGUGGAGGACAAGGACGAUCCGGCCAUAAAGCUGGUCGAGGGCCUGCUGGAAAAGUAUCCCCGGAUAGACGCCCGGCUCUUUGUGGGCGGCUCUGAUGUGGGCGUCAAUCCGAAAAUCAACAACAUCCAUCCCGGCUACAUGGCGGCAAAGUUCGAUUUCGUUAUGAUUUCCGACAGUGGCAUUAAAAUGAAGAACGACACGCUGCUGGACAUGGUCCAGAACAUGUCCGAGAAGCACGCCCUGGUCCAUCAGAUGCCGUUCACCUGCGACCGGGAGGGAUUUGCCGCCAUUUUCGAGAAGGUCUUCUUCGGCACCGUCCAGAGCAGAAUCUACCUAUCGGCCGAUGUUCUCGGCAUAAACUGCCACACGGGAAUGUCGUGUCUUCUGCGGAAAGCAGUCAUCGAUCAGCUGGGCGGCCUAAGGGCCUUUGGCUGCUAUCUUGCGGAGGACUUCUUUAUCGCCAAAGGCGUAACGAAGCUGGGAUGGAAAAUGAGAAUCUCCAAUCAGCCCGCUCUGCAGAACAGCGGACUGUGCGACAUCGGCAGCUUUCAGGCGCGGCUCAUACGAUGGGCUAAGCUGCGCGUGGCCAUGGUGCCUACGACCAUACUGCUGGAGCCGCUCUCCGAGUGCAUGAUUCUGGGGGCCUUCGCGGCCUGGUCAGCCUCGGUUCUGUUCAACUGGGACCCCCUGGUGUUCUACAUGGUGCACAUACUCUGCUGGUUGCUUUCCGACUGGCUGCUGCUCUCCAUAGUCCAGCACGGCUCAAUGCCGUUCCACAAGUUCGAGUUUGUCAUUGGCUGGCUGUUCAGGGAGCUGACGGGGCCCUAUCUGUUCCUGCACGCGCUCUGGGACCCGGCGAUACGUUGGCGAACUCGCACCUUCAAGCUACACUGGGGUGGCAUGGCCUACGAGCUGAACACACCCGCCGAUUGUCAAACCGCACCGCUGCAGCCACAGCCGGCGCCGACGUUACCGACGGAUUCGGGUCAAGCGGUGGCGGAGGUCACGCCAGCGGCCACAUUCUGUACAGGAGCGAAGCACCGUCUGCUGGUGUCGUAGCAGCAACUAGUUAAGUUAACUAUUUUGUACUUUUGAGUAACUCAGCGGACUGCAAACGUAGACGGAAGACGGAGCUGGUGACUGGUGACGUCUGGUAGUAGUAUUAUUAGCUAAACCCUUAGUCACUACGUAAGCAUAGACUUAAUGCUGUAAAAAAGAACAGACUCGACUCCACCCUCAUGCAUAGGCAUAGCGCACACCCCCCCACACCCACACCUACAUCCAAAGGUCCAGCUUUAAGGGAAUUCAGUUAAUAGCUGCGUUUAGACACACUACAGUCUUUGACGUGCAGCGUGGCAUGCCAGUGUAGAUUAGAUUAGAUUCGAGGCUGAGGCAUUGAUUCGACUCAUUGACAAACAACCGAGCGUCGUCGACUUGUGUUUCUCAGAUCACAUCAAUCUGGGCCUCUAGGGCCGCCGAGCUUGUGGCACAGUUUGGUGGCUUCGCGCAAACUGGUUAGCAAUUCCUAGUUUCUACGACAUAAGUUGUUGCUUUGUAUAUAUAAUGGUAUAUAUUUGUAGCCAACAUUUACACCCCACCCCUAGCCUGUACAGACAUUUUGCGAUCGCGAAUAAUACUCGUUGCGAGACAUAGUUGUAGUUAGCAGACGUUUAUAAUUAUUUUUUUUCUGCUUUUGUUGUUGCUUUUUCGUAUCGUAAUUAUUGAUUAUUUUGUAUAGCUAAGCCCACCCUAGAUAUGAUUUAUAUAGUUUGUAGAUAAAUAGUCUUAUUAGUUGCGUCUUUUGUUUGUUUACUGCAGCUUCUGUACAUAAAUAAGCUCCGAUAAAGAAUGCCAUUGAAUAAAUCAAAUUUACAUGAUCGUGCCCAUCCUAGCUCCAUUACGAUUGAUUGAUGUUUGUUCACUGAUAUCAUUAUGUCAUUUGGAGCUUAGCAUAAACAGAUCGCUCUUAUCAGCACAUGAGUAUGACUCAGACAGUGUCAGGGGCCAGCCACUAGAGCGCUUGUCAAAACACAAUUAUUGGUAAUGUGGGAAAAGCUGAGCUGAGUCACGUCUACACCACCACCACCACCACCGCCUCACUCACUUAUUUGCCAUAUUUACUCGCAAGAGUAACAUCGCACUACACACUUGACGCGAUCGUCUCUUCUCCGUUCUAAUGCGGGUCUUCCCAAAUGAUCUUGUACAGUUGUUGGGAUUAUGUUUUUGGGGUGUGGGGAGCAAGGGUCAAACUGGACUUAGAUUAGUAUUACGCACGGUUGGAGAGUCAAGUUUAGGAACAUUUCAAAAGUAUUGCUUGCAUCAUGACAUGAUGGCUGCCUAGGAGAUUGUUCUUGUGGAAAUAUUCCUCAUUCUCAUUCCUCCUAUCGUAUGGAACUUAAACCGAGUAUAAAAACACAAACAUAUUUAUGAAUUGCGGGUCUACAGAUUAGAGUCGGCAUAUCAGUAGCACAGCGGAGGAUCGAGAACGAAUCCCUUAAUUCACUCCCCGCGACGCCUUAAGCCUAUAAAUUAAGUAAAAAAUUAAUAGAAAACGUACAAUAGAAAACGUAAACAUACAUAUAUGAAUAUGAGUAGCUAUUAGUUUUACGGCAGUACUGCUGCCAAUGGUAAGGCCAAUUAGAAGCGAAUGCUGCUAUUUUGUGAACACUCUGCGAUGCCCUAAAAUGGUGCAAAAGUAAUUAAAUCCAAAUAACGAACA